AUGGAAGAAUUUACGAUCAAGCAGGUCGCUGAACAUAACAGCCCUGAGGAUGCAUGGCUAAUCAUCCACGGCCAAGUCUACAACGUAACAAAAUAUCUGGCAGAUCAUCCUGGUGGCGCCGAUGUUCUCACUGAAGCAGCUGGUACAGAUGCCAGUGAAGACUUUGACAACGCUGGACACUCAGAAGAUGCCUUUGAGAUCAUGAAAGACUGCUGUGUUGGCAAGGUCCAGGGUUUCGAGAAGAAGAAGCCCAAGCUUAAGCCACUUGCACCUGUAAAGGCUGUAAAGGCCCAAACUAGCGGAUCCUCAUCAGUUUCGGCGCUGUUAAACUUGGGCUUCAUUGUCUGCGCUGGUGCAGGAGCAUACUGCCUCGGUCGCAACCAAGGCUUUACCGUGCCGAACUGGCUAUUGGCGUCGUUACGUAGCGACUCAGCUGGCUCAAGCUUCAUCAAAGGCAUCAUUGUUGGAGGUGGAUCUCUUGCAAUUGCUAAUGCCGUCGCUGCGCAGCGAUUUACUAGCAUGGCGAUGAAAAGCAAGCCUUUCACGAGUUAUCCUGCCCAUAUGAAGGUUCCCAAGCGAGCUCAAGAAGAUACAUUGUUGCAGAGAGGACUUUUGGAUCCAGUUACCUACUCGCCGCUUCCGCUCAAGCAAAAGGCCCUCAUCGCACCAAAUGUUUACCGCUUGACGUUCAGCCUUCCGACCACGAGCACGAUUCUUGGCCUGCCGAUUGGUCAGCACGUCACCAUCAAAGCCGACGUCGAUGGAGAGAGCGUCGCAAGAUCAUAUACGCCUGUAUCUAACAAUUCUGACCUUGGCGUUCUGGAACUUGUCAUCAAGGUGUAUCCAGAUGGCAAGCUCACAAGCAAGUAUUUGGCGAAGCUCGAGGUCGGAGACGAGGUUCUCUUCAGAGGACCGAAGGGAGCAAUGAAGUAUCAACCAAACCUUUGCAAGAAGAUUGGCAUGAUUGCUGGUGGCACAGGUAUCACCCCAAUGUUCCAGGUGAUUCGUGCUAUCUGCGAGCAUGACCGUGAUACAACGGAGAUUUCUCUCAUCUAUGCAAACAGAACAGAGCAGGAUAUUCUGCUUCGUGAAGAGUUGGAUAGGUUUGCGAGGAGAUAUCCCAAGAACUUCAAGGUGUAUUAUAUGCUGGAUCAGCCGCCGCCCAACUGGGAGUUUGGGUCGGGUUAUGUGACUCGGGACUUAAUGAAGGAGAAGCUCCCCUCGCCCGGCGUGGAUUCGAAGGUGUUUUUGUGUGGGCCGCCAGGAAUGGUCAAUGCAUCGAAGAAGGCACUUGUUGAUUUGGGUUUUGAACAGCCCGGGGCUUCGGCCAAGAUGUCGGACCAGAUUUUCGCGUUUUAG